CGGGCGCGGAGCACACGGCGGCGGCGGCGCGGGGUCCGCACCAUGGGCAGCGGCUGCUGGCGGCUGCUGGGCGUCGUGUGCUCGCUGCUCCUGCACCUCGCCGCGAGCCAGGAGCCCGUCAGCAUGGCGGGACAGUGCGACACCAUCUACAAGGGCUUCGCCGAAUGCCUCCUCAGCCUGGGGGAGAGCAUGGCCCAGAGCGUCCGGCAGCAGCAGCAGGCGGAGGGCGGCGACGAGGCGCAGGAGCUGGACGCCAUCUGCAAGUCCUGGGAUGACUUCCACACCUGCGCCAGCGAGGUGCUGUCGCGAUGCCCCGUGGAAGCGGCCACCGUCUGGGAGUCGCUGCGCCAGGAGUCCCGCAAGAUCCAGUUCCAGGGGAAUCUGCAGGAGCUGUGCAGCGCCCGGGGCCGCCUGGCCAGCGCCCAGAGCUCGCCGGCCUCUGAGACCAACCAGGCCACGCUGCGGGGCUCGGCCGCCGCCCUGCACCCUCACCUGCUGGCCCUGCUGGCUCUGCCGCUGCUGCUGCCCUGGCUGUAGCCCUGCUCGCCCACGGGGUGCCCAGGUGAUGCCGGCUCAGUUCCCCUGGCUGCUGGCCGGUCCCCGCCACGCCCACCUCCUUCCCGGGCAUCCCUCGCGGGGCACGGUCCUCUCCUGCAGCACUUCAGAUGGAUUUAUAUUUAUAUUAAAAGACACUUUUACAUUU